GUCCACAUGUCUUCAGCAGCGGCGACGUGCGGCUGCCCGGCGCCCUACGUGGGCCCGCCGCUGACGGCCACCUGCGGCGCGGGCCAGUUCCUCGUGUUCAUGGGGCUGCUGGACGGCUACCUGCGCGCGCAGUGCGACGUGGCCGACCCGUGCGGCCGCGUCAGCUGCCGCUCGGCCCCGCGCGACCUGGACUACGACUUCGUGGUGGUGGGCGGCGGCUCCGGCGGCGCCGUGGCGGCGGCCAGGCUGUCCGAGGUGCCCGGCUGGCGCGUGCUGCUGCUCGAGGCCGGCGGCGACGAGCCCCCCGGCUCGCAGGUGCCCUCGAUGGUGCUGAACUACCACGGAGGCGAGCUGGACUGGAACUACAGCACCGAGCCGGAGACUGCCGCCUGCCAGGGCUACCCGGGGAAGCGCUGCAAGUGGGUGCGGGGCAAGGUCCUGGGCGGCUGCAGCGUGCUAAACGGGAUGAUGUACCUGCGCGGCCACCCCAAGGACUACGACUACUGGGCGGCGGCGGGCAACCCCGGGUGGGGCUACCGCGACGUGCUGCCCUACUUCCUCAAGUCGGAGGACAACCGCGAGCUCGGGGAGGUGGACGCAGCAUUCCACGGCUCCGGGGGCCCGCUGACGGUGCAGCGCUUCCCCGACCGCCCCGCCAUGGCCGACCACAUCCUGCAGGCUGGCCGCGAGCUGGGCUACGGCGUCAGCCGCGACCUCAACGGCGCCAACUUCACGGGCUUCGCCAUCGCGCAGGCCAAGAACAGGAACGGGUCGCGGGUGAGCAGCGCUAGAGCCUUCCUGCGACCCGCCAGGGGCCGGCCCAACCUGGAUGUGAUGCUCAACUCCACCGUGACGCGGGUGCUCAUCGACGAGAAGACGAAGCAGGCCAGAGGGGUGGAGUUCGUGCUCAACGGCCAGAAGAGGUCGGUGCGCGUCAGCAAGGAGGUGAUAGUGGCCGGCGGCGCCGUCAACUCGCCGCAGAUCCUGCUGCUGUCGGGCGUGGGCGACAAGCAGCACCUGGCCGAGGUGGGUGUGCCGCUCAGGCACCACCUGCCGGGCGUCGGCAAGAACCUCAUGAACCACGUGGCCUUCUUCGUCAGCUUCCUGGCGCGCAACGAGACGUCGCGCUACGACCUGGACUGGGCGGCGGCUACUGAGUACCUGCUCAAGAGGAGCGGGCCCAUGUCCAGCACCGGACUGUCGCAGGUGACGGCGAAGCUGAGCACCAAGUACGCCGACCCGUCGGGCGACGACCCCGACCUGCAGAUGUUCUUCGCCGGCUACCUUGCGGGCUGCGCCAAGACGGGCGAGGUGGGCGCGCGCAUGGACGACGGCCCGCGCUCUGUCAGCAUCUCACCCGUCGUGCUGCACCCCAAGAGCCGCGGGCGCAUCUCGCUCCGCUCCGCCGACCCGCUGGCCCCGCCGCUCAUCCGCGCCAACUACCUCACGCACCGCGACGACGUGAACACGCUGGUCGAAGGGGUGAAGAUCGCCGUGAGGCUGGGCGCAACCAGGGCGCUCGCGAGGUACGGCCUGGAGCUGGACCGGAGCGCGCCGCCGGGAUGCGACAUGCCCUUCGGCAGCGACGCCUUCUGGGAGUGCGCCGUGCGGCAGUUCACCGGGCCCGAGAACCACCAGGCCGGCACCUGCAAGAUGGGGCCCGACUCGGACCCCGACGCCGUCGUCGACUCCUCUCUCAGGGUGCGCGGCGUCAAGGGCCUGCGCGUCAUGGACGCGUCCGUGAUGCCGGCGCUGGUGUCGGCCAACACGGCCGCCACCAUCAUGAUGAUCGCGGAGAAGGGCGCGGACAUGGUGAAGGAGGUGUGGAAGCAGGGGUCUGUGACCUCGAGGGCCGGUUGGGCGGGUCACUGGCCGGGGGGCCGCGACCACGGGUGGCCGGGGAAGCCCGCGGCGGCCGGCUGGUCGGCGCCGGGCUGGCGCAGGAAUUCCCCCGGCGCCAACAGGCUGAGGGACGUGGCGGCGAGCUCCGGCAACCCGGGCUGGAACUCCUGGACGGGCUGACGUCACCGAGGGCUCGGCCCACGAGCACACCAUGCGCCUAGAGGACUCUUGCACCUGUCUGGGAACUCCCUUGCGGGACUUGGGCUUGGCCACUGUGUUUUGUGGUCUUCACAGCACGAAUCAAACCGUCAGUCAAGUCUGGCAUGCACCAACAAAACAUUUACUAUAUUGAAUUGUUUCUUUUUAAACACGAAACAACAACGCAAAACAGGUAACAUGGUGGUCUGAAGAAAGUUUAGAAACAUUUAAAAAUCAAAAACCUUUUUUGCUGUGUCCAUAUUUAAGAGAAAAAAAAUUAUUUUGAGAUUUAGAUCGCACAUUUAUGGCAUUAUAUAUUUCAUGACAUUUCAUACUUAAAAAGGUUACUAUCAAAAUAGUAUUAAUGGUGAAAAAUGUAAAGUAAAAUAGAGAACUCUAUUUUUGUAAAGUUAAUAUAUAUAAUCAAAAAUGUAAACAUGCAUUCAUUGCGAUGUAUUAUUUAUUAUGGAAAAUAAAUUAUAUAGGUAUGUACAUAUUUAUAUUUUUACUGGUUGUUACAUAGUUUAUUCUAAAAAAAAAUUUUUUUGCUCUAUUAAUUCUUUGGCCAGAUUAUAUCCAAACACUAUCUACGGGUACUAACUACCAAAAGUUACGUAGAAAGAAAAAAUUCUAAUUAUUUUUUUGUAUAUUUUUUUUUAAUAUUUCACGGCAGUAAAGCGUAACAGUCCGUAUGAUCCCUUGUCUCAAUGAUAGUAUGUCUCAUAAAAUAAAUAUUUU